GUGAAUUUUAUGGUUAUUCACUUGAACAGAGGCCCGGUUUGGAUUAGCUUCCGAUUGAAGGAUGGCCUCCAAACUUAUAUUUAUCGCGCUAGUCGCCUUGGCAUUAUGUUUUUUGGUAGAAGCAGGAAAACACCCAAAAGCUAACAAAGUUAAGAAAGCAUCAGCUAAACACAGUAAGGGAUCAAAGAAAUGUGUAGGUCAGUGUGCACCAGCAUGCGCUCCCCCAUGUGCUCCUCCAGUGAUGAUGCCAGCAGCUCCAGUGAUGAUGCCAGCUCCAUGUGCACCACCACCUGUGCCCUGUGCACCCCCACCAGAGUGCCAUACUUAUAGCCAACAGGUUCACGAGACCCACCAUCAGGCUCCAGCUCCACCACCACCAUGUGCGCCACCACCAAUACCUCCAGGUCCACCACAGGUCAUCACCCACCAACAUAAUAUUAUCCAUCACAAGAUUCUCCCACCUCCUCCACCACCACCACCACCACCAUGUCCACCACCAUGCCAUGUUAGCAAUGUGCAGCACCACGUAAGCCACGAAUGGGCCCCUGCCCCACCACCACCAAUGGCACCCUUACCAGGACCACCAGCUCCACCCCAACGUAUCCACCACGUACAUACCAUUGUCCACCACCACGUCCAUCCUCCACCACCACCCCCACCACCACCAGUUUGCAUGCCAGCCUGCAUACAGACCUGCGCUCCAUCUUGCCCCAUACAGUGCUGCAAGAAGAACAAGGUGACGGGCAAGAAGGCUAAAGACGUCGAAGCCUCAGCUGAAAUUGACGACGAUGAAGAUGAUGCUAGCGCUGCCGUAGAUGAUGAUAAAGAAGACGACAAGGCCGAAGACAAGGCUGAAGAGAAGACGGUAGAAAAAGCAGUAGAAAAGGAAGAUGAAGAAGUUGAGAAAGACGAUAAACCUAAAGCCCCUAAAACCAAGAAGAACUAAGUCACUUUUCUAGGUCAAAAAUGUCUUCUACGAAGUUCUCACAUUUUAUCUGAAAGCGGAUUUCGUUAAGGAAUCCCUGUUUGUAAAUGCUAUCCCGUGUACAUCAACUGUGUACGUAUAAAUUCUAGAAAGUUUGACAAACUAGAUGAUGUGUGCUGUAGAAUAUAAGUAGUCGUUUCGCUGGUUAACGGCUAUAGCGAGAACGAAGUAAUGUACAAAUAAAACAUUAUUGUUUUACGAAAAACUU